AUGCUUCGGCGUACACUCGCCAUCCACUUCACCCACCUCUUUGUCCCCAGGCUCCCAAUGUCAACUAUUUCAAACAACAAAAGAACUACAACAAAAACACCCACGCCAGUCGUCAAAGGCAGUGUAGGGCCACCUCUACGCACAUUCACCGACGCAGCUGCAACUCCAGAAACAUGCUCCCGCAUCCUCCCAGCGAUCAAACACGACCACCAGGAACUUGAAUCACACAGCCACAAGAUUCUUCAAUCAACAAAACCCGAAGAGCAAACCCGGUUUCAAAACAAGCUGGUCUGGGAACUAGCUCGGCACAUGGCUGGUGAAGAGCUAGUCGUCUAUCCAGCUCUGAUCGACUCACUGAAAGAGGGACAACAAACAGUCGACCGAAAUAGAUUGGAGCACCAAGGCGUCAAAAAACAGCUGAAAAUGUUCCAGGAUCUGUCAUCUACCGAUCCACGGUUUGUGCCUACACUGAAAAAUCUUCUGAGGGACUUUGAGAUUCAUGCUAGGCACGAAGAGGAUGUGGAUUUGCCUAUGCUUGAAGAUGUUUUGUCUAAAGACGAAAGUGUGGCAUUGACAAAGUCUCUAGAUCGAACUAAAAUGCUUGUUCCUUCUAGAUCUCAUCCCCUUCUACCCAAUAAGCCGCCCUUUGAGACUGCUGCUGGGUUGAUGGCUGCGCCUCUCGAUAGUUUGACGAAUUGGUUUCGGAAGUGGCCUGGUGAGAAGGAGGACACAUGA